UGUAUGCUUUGUGCUUUGUCUGUCUGGGACUUGAUUGUCAGUCUAUGCUGGUUUCACACUCGUAUCUGUGUGUGUGUGUGUGUGCGUGUGUGUGUGUGUUUAACGCAACUGUUUAAGAGAACUUUCCUCCUGUGAUCUGACACUGUGUUUAAGAUGUGUAUAUCUGCAGUGAGGGUGAGCAGGGUGAGACUGUCUCUGGCCCUCAGGGUGACGGCAGUGUUUUGGAAGCUCAACCAGGUGUAUGUGUCCAAUAUGGCAUGUGGGAGGGGCCUCGACUAGCUUCUCUCAUUUCCCUGGCAAAUACUGUCACCAGUUCCCUUUUCUUGUCACACUGCUUCUAGAGAUUAUAUAGCAGAAAUGGAAUAUGUUGGAGUCACUAUGUUUCUGCUCAUGUUCACCUUAUUUCUAAUCAUUCCUGGUACAGACUCUAAAUGCAUUGAAUGCGUUUCACUGCAGCCCACACAGCAUGGGAAAAUGGGGGACCCAAUGCUCCUCAAAGUUGAGACUCAUUUUGAUGUCCACAAUGUGACGUUCCAGGGGUCCUGGUGCAAGAUUAAGCCUAAUAACACUCUUUUGGUCACUUUCAACAACAUCAAUGCCAUCCCAAAUCUGCGCCUAAAGAACAGUCCGGCACUCAAUUUGCCUGAUGUGUCACUAUAUUUUGAACAUCUGGCUGAAGACACACAGGGGGAAUAUGAGCUGCAGAUCAACAUCAUCUUCCCAGGAAUUCCCAAUCCAGUUGCUGUCACAAAAAGAGUGACAGUCACAGUCAGUGUGCCUGUGUCCAUGCCUGGUAUUACUAAAACCCCAGAAUCAGAACUGGUGGAAGACAGGGACAAUGUGACACUGACUUGUUCUGUUGAACAUGGGACAAAUGUUCAGUUCAAAUGGCUAAAAAACAACAGGGUGGUUGAUCCAAGUGAGCGGCAUACAUUCUCACAAGAUCAUGGGACACUUAUUAUAAACCCUGUCAAGAAAGAAGACAUCGGUCAAUACAAUUGUGAGGCCCAAAACCACAUUAGCAGUAAGCUAAGCAAACAGGCUGAACUCGUUGUGUUCUACGGGCCUUAUAACUUGGCAGUAAAUUCGGACCAAGGUCUGAAGACUGAAGGGGUGUUCAUGGUGAACCCGGAGGAACUGGCCUUUUUUGAGUGUAUUGCAGACUCCAACCCUCCCAACACCUGCAUCUGGAUCUCGAAGACAAAGAACAGCACAGAGGUUCUCAUGACUGGACCUCGGUUUGAAGUGAAGCCGUACGAGUUACCCCAGGGUAAAGAGUUCUUGUGUAGAGCAUUCAACAAUAUGACUAAGAAGCAGGACGAGACCAAGUUCACACUGGUGAUGGCCAGUCUUGACAGAGGAAAAGCCAAAUAUAGCCAGGAAGGGACUGUGCUGUCUUCAAUGGCUUUCAUUACGAUCUCGUCAGUCCUCAUCAUAGUGUGUAUGAUGUUUGUGCUCCUAAGGAAGAGCUGCCAUCCAAGAAGAAUGAUAAAGACCAUCUACAGGCGGCCAAAGACAGAGCAGAGAGGACUGCGCCGCUCUGGUCAUGAAGAUGCAACUGAAGACUUUGGCAUUUAUGAAUUUGUCUCUGUACCUGGGAAAAUGGAGUCAACACAGGCAUCCUGCAGGUCUUUGACACGGCUUGAUUCAGUCAAAGAUUUGCAUACCACGAUCUAUGAUGUCAUCAAACAUGUGCCUGAAACUCCAACACUGAGUCUUUUGAAAUGAGAGGUGGAUAGUCAUGUGUGCUCGGAUCUAAAGAUGAAAGGAAGAAGAGAAGCAUUCAUCAACAGCUCAGCUGCCCGGAGCAAGGUGCCACUCCCUUAUUUGACAGGGAAAUUUUCAGUGAUAUCAGUGGCACUUUAUUGACGAGAAACACUUGCUCUUUUAUGUGUGCUCACAUCAGCAUGAACAGCCAGUUGAAAGGGCUCGUCUCUAACACCCACGCUAGAAUAUUUUUGUCAGGUAGCAGAUAUUUUUGCUGUAAACCUUUCUCUGAACUGUGAGAUGUAAAAGCCCCAAACAAAUUAGGUUUUGUGGCCUUUUCCAAGAAUCUUUGACUCAUUUCAUGUUAUGUGUUUGUGGACCUCAAGUGCAACACACAGUGCAGUCUUCUACAACAGACAAAAAUAAGUUGUGUGUGUGUGUGUGUGUGUAGUCAGGAAAUUGUUAGAAAAUUCAGCAGGUACCUUAAAGCUUUCAUUUUUAAUUAUGUCUCAAAAAGCUGGGAGGAAAAAAAAAUAAAUGUGAAAUAUCUAAUAAUGGUCUGUACACCCCCUUAUACAAAUAUAAUUGUUUUCUCAGAGGCAUGCUAGAUUUUUUAUUUGCUUUAAAUGUAAAACUGAUAAAAACAAAUAAGCACAAGAACCAUAGUUUUGUAUUCACAGGGGGAUAAAAUGCUGAAAAAGUAAAUUAUGAAAAUAUAAAUCUGACAUUAUGAGAUAAAAAUAAGUUAUGACAAGCAUAGUUAUGUCAAAAUGUGAAAAACUAA